UGGACCUUUUGCUUUCAUUCACUUUUGUCUCAGGAACUUGUAUGAUUUGAUUGAUUUCUUCAUGUUCUUGUUUCUGAUUUCAAUUUUCGACUUGUGGGUUUGUUUUUAGUUUUGUCUUAAUCUAGGAACAGGCUUUCUGGUUUUGUCUUUUUUGUCAAUACAAAGAUAGUUUUUUUUUUUUUGUUGUUUUAAUCAUAGUUAAGCGUUUUGGUUAGAAUACUGGAAGUAGUGUUAGAUUUUACUGGUUAAACUUGGAAUUGUUCCUUUUUACAUCAGAUGGAACAAUGGGUGGCUCCUUAAAGAUAAAAAAAUCCGUCUUUAGUGGAGAUUUGUAAUCUAAGCUGAGUUAUCUUUAAUCAUCAUCUUUGUUGGUGGAAUGGCGUCCGAGGAUGUGAGUGUUGAUGUUGACAAUUCCAAGGACAAGAACAGACCUGAGACACUUGACUUAUCUACCGAGGAAACUAAUAACGUCAAUGAUAAUGCUCCUGUAAAGGAAAUAGACCUCCCUGAGACUGUGAAGAGUAAACCAGCUAAUAAUAAUAAGGCUGUCAAGAAAAAGUCAGGGACCUUCUCUCGUAGCCCUAGGUUCCUUUCUCAGAGCUCUUUAUUCCCUACUAGAAAGAGCAUUGAUGCAACACCAAAGGCUAGUCUUAAACCCAUUGUUGCAAGUGGAUCCAAACCAAAGGCCACUCCAUCUUCAAACAAUAGUGUUGCUGCCAAGCGCAACAGUUUAGUAUCUGCGCCCAUCAAAAAGCAAACUAUGCCUGUGAAACCUAUUUCUAAGGAUGCAGAUCCUGUCCCUACUUCCAAAUUGGUGGUAGAUGAAGGUUCUAAAUCUACUAAAGAUGAAGUUGAAGUUGCAGACAAGAACAAUGAGGAGGCCCCAUUAACCACGGCUGUGGUGGCAGAUAAAGUAUCUAAACCUAUAGCAAGCAAAGAAGACGAGGACACCCGUUCAACUACCACUUCAACUUCUACACCUCGUGGCCGUAGAAGCAGCGUUGGGUCUGCCUCUGGAUUUUCAUUCAGGUUGGAGGAAAGGGCUGAGAAACGGAAGGAGUUCUAUAUGAAACUAGAAGAAAAGAUCCAUGCUAAGGAAGUGGAGAAGACAACUUUGCAGGCGAAGUCAAAGGAGAGUCAGGAAGAAGAGAUCAAAAGAUUGAGGAAGAGCUUGACGUUUAAGGCUGGUCCUAUGCCUAGUUUCUACAAAGAGCCUCCACCUAAGGUUGAAUUGAAGAAGAUACCAACUACUCGUCCUAAAUCUCCAAAGCUAGGACGUAGAAAGAGUAGUAGUGAUGCAACAGGAGGUGAAACUGGUCCUCGUGUGACAAAACCAAAAGACUUAUCAUUAUCAUCUACCUUUAAGAAACCCAUAGCAAAGUCUCAGUCAAAACCUGUGACUCAGGAAAAGUCAGGGAAGUUUGAAGAGAAGAAGAAAGAAGCAGAGAAAAGCAGAGAUGGAGAGAAGGCUUCAUCUGUGGCUGCUAAACCCGAAGAGAAGAAAGGAGCAGAGAAAAGAGAGGAGGAAGAGAAGGCUUCUUUCGUGGCUACUAAACCCGAAGAUAUGGAACCAAACUCGAACAGCAUCCAUGUAAAGGCUGAGAUUAUGGCAAGUGAAGUUGCAGUGGGAGGCUGAUAAAAGCAGAGAGAGCGUUUGGGACGACUUGGCAUUGAUCUCUUAUCUCUACUUCUUUUUCAAAAGCAUUAAUGUGAAUAGAGUUGUUGUUGCAUUGUGUCUACUUUGGGAGUUACUCCACUUCUUCAGCUUUGUUUUGGAAAAACUAAGCCUCAGAUUGUUUCUUAAGUUAUAGUCUUUAAUAUAUGCUUGAUUCAAAGUGUAAUAUGUUUUUGAGGAUGGGAUGUGUGAAUUUUUGAAGAGUGAAAACAGUAGUGAGUUGUUGUGCAAAUGUUAAAUAUCAAAGGAAGCUUGUGGGGCCUUUAUCUACAGCUAAACUUAUCCUCGUGUGUAUUCUCUAUUUGCAACAUGUUUGUGGUCGGAUAUAUUGUACUUGAAAACUAGUUUGGG